GCGGGAUCUGUCGAUGUAGACUGACAGGUCAGCUAACCUAUGCGUGUAUUGCUCCACGUCUGCAGGACUGAGUAAAAUGGACGCGGUGCUGCUGGUAAGUAGGGCCGCAGCUUCUGGAAAAGGGGAAUAGUCCAGGAGCACUGGCAGCUGCUUCUCGGCACGGCAGCGGUAGUACUUUACGGUUGCCAUCAAGCGCAGCCAGGCUGAGGUUUGACUGGGCAUUACAAGUGCCAUAGUGCCAGAUACAGUGCAUGUCAGAGAAUGGGCAUCACUGUACCAGGAAAAUCAAACCUAUAGCUUACUGUGUGCUGCGUAGAAUAGGCCACAACCUCUGGCUAUUAUGGACUACAUCUCCCAUAGAGUUCUUACAGCCAUAAUGCAGGCCAAGCAUCAUGGGAGAUGUAGUCCAGAACAUCUGGAGUGCCAAAGUUUGCCUAUAGAGUAUUGUAUGGGUGUAUUGUAAGCUUGUUGAUAUACCUAAUAAUUCAUGAGUGGAUGCAGGGCUGCCAUCAGGAGGUGACAACCAUGACGGUUUUCACGGGCCUGGGGGGCCCGGACUGCACAGGUAAUCCUCUGCUUGUCCGCGCCCCCCGCCCUCCAAUGUGCAUAUUAAAUAUAUAUAUGCACCUGUGGGCCCUGCUGACUUCCAAGCGGGGCCAGGGAUAUACUUACUUCCUUUUCCGGCACUCUCUCAAGCUGCGGCUGUAAAGCGUUGCCGCGACAACGCUUGCGGCACACAAUGCAUGCUGGGCUCGCUAAUAGAGCCCGGAGAGGGAAGGUGCAGACUGCUGAGGCCCUCUUUGCUGGCCUAACCAGCCCAGCUGAGCCACCGGACCACCAUGGAAUCCAGUGUCCCCUCCCUGACUAUAGGUAAGAGGCAGGGAGGGGGGGAAUACAUUUAAAAAUAAUGUAAUAAAAAUUUAACUGCAAAAAAAAAAUACCCCCCAGCACACACACUAUCAAACAGACAUAAAGCAUCCACUACACACAUAUCAUCCACCACGCACACACAUAGCAUCCACUGCACACACAUCAUCCACUACACACACAGCAUCCACCAUAUAAACACACAAACUGCAUCCACCACACAUCAACAAACAGACAAAAUGCAUCCACUACACACACACCGCAUCCACCACAUACACACAAUCAUCUACUACACAAACACACACAGCAUCCACUUCGCAAACACACACAUCAUCAACUACAGAAACACACACACAUCAUCCACCACAUAUACACACAAACUGCAUUCACUAUACACACACUACAUCCACUACACACACAAUCUGCAGUCACUAUGUACACACUAAUUCCACUACACAAACACACACUCUACAUUUAUUACAAACUCUGCAUUCACUAUACACACAAACACUACAUCCACUACACAAACACACUGCACUCACUAUGCACACACUACAUCCACUAGACAAACACACACUUGGCAUUCACUAUACACACAAUACAUCUACUGUACACACACUCUAUCCACUACAGAAACAUACAAUCUGCUUCCACUAUAAACACCGCAUCCACUUUACUCAUGCACUUUGCAUCCACUAUACACAUUCUACAGCCACUAUAUACACACCAAAUUCAGUACACAUGCACUUCAUACUUAUAGUAAACUCAGGAUGGGCCCUGUGGGUUGAUCUGGGGGCGGACUUGGGGGCAGGCUCCCUGGGGGCCCAGACCUUGGGCAGCGUCAGGGGCCCCAAAAUUUCUGGCGGCAGCUCUGAGUGUAUGUAUUAUUGAAUGAAUACAAUUGUAGUCAUUAAUUAAGUUCCCCCUUUUACCAUGGUAUUUCAUGGGAUUCUUGCUUUGUCAGGGCGCAGUUUAAAGGGAUACUGUAGACACACAGGACCACUUCAGCUCAUUGAAGUGCUCUGGGUGCAAACUCCCAUCACCCUUAACUCUGCGGUGGUAAUUAUUGCAGUUUUUAUAAACUGCAAUAAUUGCCUCUGAGGGUUAACUCCUCCUCUAGUAGCUGUCUACCAGACAGCCACUAGAGGGACUUUCGUAUUGAAACUGACUUUUGGUCCGUUAUCUGCCACUGGACGUCCUCAGGCUGUGCAUGAGGAUCUCCAGCGUCAGGUUUUCCCCAUAGGAAAGCAUUGAAUAAUGCUCUCCUAUGGGGAGAUCCUAAUGCGAGCACGGCCAUUACCGCACAUGCGCAUUAGGUCUCCCCCGUCGGCGGGGGAGGAGCGUGGGUAGAGCUGAGAAAGCGUCCAGGGACAUCGGCGCUGGACCCGGGUAAGUGACUGAAAGGGUUAUGAACCCCCUUCAGUGCUGUAGAGGGGGCCUUGACAGAGGGGAAACCUAUAGUGCCAGGAAAACGAGUUUGUUUUCCUGGCCCUAUAGAAUCCCUUUAAGGCUCUGUCAUUUAGUUGAGGCAGUUAUGCACCUGAGAAAGAUGUCAUCAGAGUCAAACCUUGUACUGUUCGUGACUUCCAGGGCACUGCCAAAAAGCACAAGGACAGAAAGGAUUACCCUACUCAAACAACAAAACCGAUAUUUAUAUUUAGUAGUAAAGGAACACUUUAAGCACUAUAAUCACUGCAACCUGCUUUAAUUGUUAAAGUGCCAGUAAUGCCCUGACACACUCACCGUGUACGGUCAGACUGUCUAAAAUUGGUUUGACAACUUAGCUGGGGCUCACUGGGUGCUUACUGCCCGCACAUCUUAAGCAUAGUAGGGACAGUCUCUUUGGUUGCGAGCAUCAGCUGAAGGGCCAAUGAGUGCAGCCUUGUGGGGCAGAAGAGGCAUUGGCGGGCACCUUACUGACUGCAUAUUGGUUGUCAAACUGUUCUAAAACGGUUUGCUUACUUACAAUGUGAGAGUGCCAGAGCACGCCGGGCACCAUAACUAUAGCAGGUUGUAGUGAAUAUGGUGCUUGGAGUGUUUAUUUAAAGUUUGCCUAGUGUUAUGUUCUUCAUGUUUUUACUUUUUAAAUAACACAAAAUACUGUGGCCCAGUCACAGUUUUGCAAUGGUUUGCUCUUUUAUAUUAGCCACUGCUGUUUGGUGAGCCUUGAUCUAUGUCAGAUAUUGGCCCGUUGCCAUUCAUUGGUUGAGAGUCAGCUGACCUCUCUCAGCCUGUGAAUGACAUUCUGUGCAUAGACAUAUGCCCUUAAUUGACAUUAGCCAGCCCAGAAUGCUUGUUCCGGGCUGGCUAAUAAUGCUGUUGGAGGUGGUCAUACCCCCGGCAGCCAAGGGGUUAAACUCGGUAUGUGUAGCAUUUUCUUAGCGAUAUGCUGCACAUACAGAACCCAUAACCACUUUAAAUCACUGAAGCGAUUUUAUGGUGCUUGAAGUAACCCCUUUAAAGAAUAUUGGACCUUUGCGGGGUAAAAAGCAUAAAUAAACAAUGUAAAUUUUAGCACACAUAAAGCUAUUCACUAAACUAUUAAGUGAGAAUUACAAAUUUUAGGCCAAAAUAGCCACAUUGGGGUGAAGACUUCCAAGUUACCCGUUUUGAGCUGUGUGUUUUAUGUGCUUCUUCCUCCAAGAGAAACAAAAACAGUCAUCAGGGUUGAUGACUUAACAGUAGGAAGAUUGGGCUGCAGUGAGGGGUCCUGGCGUUGUAUAAAGGUCAGUUGAAUAAACAUUUUAAUUAUUUAAAAAGAAAGUGGGGGGCAUAAAUUAAAACUUAAAGGAGAAUUGUCACCUCAAAACUAAUUUAAUAUAAUAAUUUUAAUCAAUCUUUGAAAGGACAUUGUUUGUUUUUUAAUACAGUAUGUGUAACAAAUAAAUGAGAGAAACUCAUCCCGUACCUUUUAGUUUAUUACCUGAUCCAUCAUGAUCUUCCCUACUUCAUUCCCUGCACAGAAGAAGGGAAGACCAGAGAAACUUUCAGUUUUUGUCUUUUAAAAAGUAAUACAUCUAAUUAGAAAAUAAUUAUAUUUUUAUUGUUCCUUUAAUAUGUAUUUGUGAGGUGGAAACAACUUAAAAGCAGAAAUCAGCACCUCUUAUCCUGCAGUUUGGUCCCUUCAUCUUAGAGCUUAUAACAAUGAUUGUAUGUGGCAGAACACAGAUGAUAAUAAUAUGAUUUAUUUCUGCUUCUCCUAACUUGCAAUAUGUGCUAUGACUUUGCCAGUACUGACCUGGGUUGUAAUGUAAUAUGCCAUGUAUUUCCUUUUUUUCUUCUUUAAUGUUUUAUUCAAUUGUUUACCUUACACAGAAAUUACAGACACCCUAUAAAGGGGCUCUGUCACCAUCUAGUGUUUUUGCAUAAUUUUCAAAGCUCCCCAACAGUGACUGCUCCUCUAGCAGUGUAGUAGCAGAGGAAGGUGGGUUAUAAUUAUCUGAACCUGUCCUUCAUGGUCUUGCUCUAAAUGUGAGUCCUCUUCAGCUCCUGGUCCUUCAGCUGCCGGUAUCUUACGUCCUAGUUGUAAUCGCGUCCAUGUGAGUGACGAAUCGGUCUUGACAAAGGGUAGCUCUGGUUUGUUUUUGUUUUUUUGUCAAGCGUAGGAAAAAUAGUUGGGCAAUAACUUUUCGUGAAAGUAAAAUGGUUAUAGUGCCUACACUGUACCUUUAACUUCAGUAGCAGCUAAUAAAUGUCACAUGAAUUUGGAUUUUUAUUAGGGAAGUAUUUUUUUAUUUUUUUUUAUUUUGUAUGUGUUUUUUUUUUUAACUUUUAAUAUUCAGGCAUGUCAGACAUAUUUUAAAAUACAUUAUUUCUGUUUAAGGAAAAUUGAUCAUUUUGAUUUUAUUUUUUGGCGAUGUAACUAUCUGAUGAGCAAAAUAAAUUGCAUUGCUUUUUCAUUCUACACGUGCUACACUUAGCCAUUUACAUUUAAGAAAUAUUUUACAUUUUCUCAAGCUCUGUUUUGAUAAACCCAGGCAUCUAAAGAAAAAAAGGAGUUUGUUUUUUCCAUAUUCGCUUGUCUUAAUAAAAAAAAUAAAAAAUUUAAAUAUGUAUUUAACAUAAUCUGGGUUACAGAAAUGAUUGGGGGAUAGAUUAGUGGAGAAGCAUACACGUUAUUUUCACAGUGAGAGCACGCCAGCGUCCAUAGGAAAGCAUUAUGAAUGCUUUCCUAUGUGACCGGCUGAAUGCGCGCGCAGCCAGCCAACGGGGAGGAGGAUCGGAGGAGGAGAGCUCUCCGCCCAGAGCUGGAAAAAGGUAAGUUUUAACCCCUUUCCAGAGCCGGGCGGGAGGGGGACCCUGAGGGUGGGGGCACACUCAGGGCACUAUAGUGCCAGGAAAACGAGUAUGUUUUCCUGGCACUAUAGUGGUCCUUUAAGGCACUUCUUAAACGAUUGAAGACUAGGGGGUAGUAUGAUGGCGUUAGGCAGGCUAUUCCAUAGGAAGGGAACCGCCCACGAGUUAGUUUUCUUUUGUGUGUGAAUAAUUAAAUGUAAAACUGAUGGGGAAACCUUAGUUUUUUUUUGUUGUUGUUAGUUUUUUGCUUGUAGUUUAAUUUAAUAUUGUAUUAUGUUUACAAAUAUGGUAUUGAAAGAAAACCCUAUUUCUUCUUUUAAAAGUGAUCUAUAAUAUGUAUGGGUGCACUUAAACAGGGUGAAAUUGUGGUACAAAGAAUGCAUGGCAAAAGGCCUUGGUCACAAGCUUGUUAAAGUUGUUGUGGUGCAUAUAGUGUCCCUUUAACCCCUUAAAACCGAUGGGCAUACUAUUACGCCCUAUUCUAAACGGCUCUAAACGCUGCAGGGCGUAAUAGUACGCCCUCCGUUUUUUUGUUACUUACCCGGUUGGGGAGACUCACCUGGGAUCCCAGGGAGUCCCCCGCGGCAGAUCCUGCCUCCUCCAGCCAGCUCGCAAAUGUUUUCAAAAGUUACAGCGUCAAAUAUAAGGCUUGUGUUUCAUUUUUUUCACAUUAAAAUUCACCAGAUUGGUUACAUUGCCUUUGAGACCCGACCCUAUGGUAGCCCAAGAAUGAAAAUUACCCCUAUGAUGGCAUACCAUUUGCAAUAGUAGACAACCCAAGGUAUUUCAAACGGGGUAUGUCCAGUCUUUUUUAGUAGCCACUUAGUCACAAACACUGGCCAAAAUUGGCGUUUUUGCAUUUUUCACACACAAACAAAUACUAACGCUAACUUUGGCCAGUGUUUGUGACCAAAUGGCUACUAAAAAAGACUGGACAUACCCCAUUUGCAAUACCUUGGGUUGUCUACUAUUGCAAAUGGUAUGCCAUUAUGGGUGUGAAUUUAAUUCCUGGGCUACUAUACAGUCUCAAAGGCAACGUAAUCAAUCUGGCAAAUUUCAAAUGUAACGUGCUAUAUUUGACCCUGUAACUUCCCAAAACACCAUAAAGCCUGCCAUUUUAAGCGCAGUCUAACUAAUGAGCCUGUAUUACUCUCUUUUUAACACUAUCGACUCAAAUUUAAAAUUGUACAUGUAUGCUGGACUACCCCAUGUGUUAUAUGGGUCCCCCUCCCAUGGCGCUGAAGGGGUUAAAACCCCUUUAGCCACUUACGUUAUUCCAGCGCCGGGCUCCCUUGGCGCUGGUGACCUCUCCGCCCCCGCCGAUGUCAGCUCCCCCGUCCCGUCAGCGGAGCCGAAUGCGCAUACUAAUUACCUAAGUGUUACCUAGUGAUAAAAAAUAACGAGCGUUUCUUCACUUUAUUUUUUUUUUUUAUCGCUAGGUAGCACUUAGGUAGUUAGUAUGUUUUUGUUAAGUUAGUUUAUCAGUUUAUUUAGGUCUUUGUGGUUAGACAGUGUCAGUUCUGUUGGGGUGGUUUGGUCUCAGCUUAGGGGCUGGGUUUGCUCACCCCUGAAGACUCAUCCACCUAGUAUUAUGGCCAUUUUACCUGUCUUCCUAUUUAUAGUGUGGGCACUCUUUUUCCACUCAGUUUGAGUUAUAGGGGACUUUACUAUCUACAUUGGAAAAGGUUUUUUGGAGUGUUGUAUUGCUCCUCCUUCUUCCUCCCUAUAUACUGUACCUCUCGCUAUUUUGAGGAUUCUUUCCUCCCAUACACAGUGAGUUUUAGAUGGUUUAUAGGUAUAGAUAGGGCUUUUAUUUGCCUAUUCCUUUUCUAUCUCUUUACUCCUGUAUGAGUGCCUACUCUUCCUUUUUUAUAAACUGGUUACUACGUACGUUUUUUCUGUGUGUACAGAGCUAUCACCGGGAUCCCCUUGUCACAAGGGUCUCCUCAAUUUACUUGUAUAUUUUUGGGUUACCCCCUACUCUGUAGCUCUGAGGUAGGCACCACCCAGGAUAGAUUUUACGCUCACACGUUCCUUGUGACUGCGUUGAUCUAUCUUAUUAUUAUUUUUUGCAUUUUCUUUGAUCAUGUAGUAUACACCUGCUUCUGGGGAGGGGGUGGGCAAUGUCCUGAGACUAAAGCCACAGAUUACUGCUGCUAUUUUUUAAAUUAAUCUAUGUCUGUAGUAACACUUUGUGAUAGGUGCGCUGUAAAUUAAUCUUUGUAAUUGAAUGAUAUGAAGUUCCAGAUAUAAUUGGCUAUAUUUCAUAUAACCGUGCCGCAUCCUGUCCAGCUUUUUAAUGCUUGGGUCAGUAUUUAUUUAUUUACAUCUGUCUUUGAGGGGUAAUUGUACCGCUAGUAAAUAAUGCUGUGACAACAAUUAACUACUCACUCAGCACCUUGCAGCAGGAAAACUCUCAAAUCCUGUAUCAUUCAUCUUCCAUCUCGGGAGUAGAAUAAAUUGUGCAGUGUUUUUGCAGGAUGUGAUUAUACUGGCCCACUAAUAACGAGAAUCAUGAAUGAAGAGCUGGGCUUUUUUUUGUAAAGAGAUGUUUUCUGUUUACUAAAGCCCACUGGUAUCAUGAGAAAAGUGAUGCAGCUCUGCUUGUUAAAAUGCUUUGGUGGCACUCAUUCAGUAGAGUCCCAAUUGUUACAAUGGAGUUUUUCUUAACUAGAAUUCCUGCUUUGCAUCUAAAACGAGUUGAAAUGGCAAGGUCACAAUGUCUAUUUAGAAAUUAGUUGUCUCUUCAGUUGUCACUCCUGUGCAUAUGGGCUGCUUGGGGUGAGAUUAAAACCUCCCCUGAACUGUCAGUUAUUGCUGUGAGGAAGUGCUUGGUUUGUGCUUUUAUCUGACACAGGCCACAUGCUCCCUAACUAUGCUCGGUGGCAAGGAACCAAGAAGGUCAUAAAGAUGUCCAUGCUUCAUUUCCUACACUUUCCUUCAUGGGAUCCUCUGUUGAUAUCUGUGUUGUACAUUCACAAAUGCACAAGAAUUUAGGACUAACAUCAGCUUGUGGCAGAUAAAUCACCGAGCUGAAGAGGACCUUCUAGAAGAAGAUGGCGGCAGCUGGCUGUGAGGGACAGUUUUGGUUAAGUAAGGGACUACCUUUUUUCUGCACCCCGGGGUCACCAUCUGGCGUCUUUGCAAAUUAUGCAACCAAUCCAGAAAGUGACAGAGCCACUUUAAAUUAACAUGCCUAAAAGGGAACAGCUAAUAUUUACAGAUCUAGUCACAAUUACAACUGCAUAACACUUGCAGCAUUAGACUUGCUAAAGCAAUAAUAUAUUUUAUAAAAUUUGACAAAUUGUGUUUGGUAUAUAAAGUAAUUUGAUUAUUGUGACUUAAUGGUUAUUCACUAAUUGUAGAAUUCACUGCGAAUUUAACAUUUGAGGCCAAAGGAGCAAGGCUGUAGAAAUUAUCUAAUUCCGCUUCCAGUUGGGCUACUUCUUUGGCCUUACAUUUGAAAUUUACUUUGAAUUCCAAACAAUUCUCUCGUUGGUAAAUGGUGUAUGUUUAACCCCUUUAAGACAGAGGUUAUUGUCCACAUUCUGAACCAAAACAAAACCAUGAUUUUAUCUUCAAGUGCUCCCAAUUAUAUAUAUAUAUAUAUAUAAUAUAAUUUUUUUUUUUUUUUUGUUAAUGGACAGAAGGGCUUUAUUUAUACAAAAAAUAAAAAAAUGAGGGUUUUUUUUGUUAUUGUUUUUAUUUUUUAACAGUGUUGGCAAUAAUAAUGUGUAUAGUUAUGUGCAAAUUAUGAAAAGUAGUCAUUUAUUUGUCCUUAUUUAGGAUUUCUGUUUAUUUUGGUAGGUCACGUAAUACAAGCAGUAAAAUAAAAUUUCAGUUAUUUGAUAUAUUUUCCUUGUAAACUUAAUAUCCCUCACAGAAGAUACAGUUGCUACACACAAGUAUGUAUUUAUAUAAAGUAGAUCGCACAGGCUAUUUACUUAAAGGGACACUAUGGUCACCAAUACCACUUUAUCUUAAUAAAACUGUUUUAGUCUAUAUGUCCCUGCAGUCUCACUGCUUAAUUCUCUGCUAUUUAGAAGUUAAAUCACUUUGUUUAUGCAGCCUUAGUCACUCCGACAUGUGAUUUACACAGCCUUCCUACCUGCUUCCUCUAAAGAGUUGUCUAAUGUUUACACUUGUUACCAAUUUCUUAUCUCCUGCUCUGUGAAUAGCUUGCUAGACCCUGCAAGGGCAUCCUGAAUGUAAUUAAUGUUCAAUUUACAGAGAAAGAGCUAAAAUCUUUUAAAGUAAAUGACAUCUAAUUAAAAGUGCAACCAUUUGUUCAUGCAGGCUCAGUCACAGCCAGGGGAUUACUUAUAUACCUAACCCUAAUAACAACUGUAAUCCUAAUCUCAAUCCUAACCCCAUAAAUAGAAGAAUUCCCUUGAUGGCCUUAAUACAAACCUUAAGCUGAAACCUAAUUCUAAACACAUUGUAAAUAUAAACAUAAUACUUAACCUAAUCCUAAUCCCCAAUUUAAUCCUAAUAAAGUUUUCCAUCUGCUAAAUAUCAGUACUGAUAAAAGCAAAGGGAAAUCUGAAUAAAAACAGAGUGAAAUGUUGCUGCCAUCUACUGGCUGUUUUUAGUAUAAUUGCUUCUGAUCUUAUCUUUUUGAAUAUAGUAUGUCCAAUGCAUUGAGAUCAGUGCUGGGCAACUGACAAAGCCAAGCACUAUUCAGAAUGCCAUUGGAGCACGGAGAAAGACACUUCAGUGUCUAUUCAGACCCUGGGGAUCUCCUAAUCACUUGAUCCAGUGAGAGAAUUACUGUAGCUGAGUUUGAUUGCUCAGCUGUAGUGUUCUCUAUGGAUUUAAAAGGGCUACUUGCAGCGCUGACCUUCAGCAGUAAAUGCAGCCUAUCUGGGGCCACUACAAUAGCCCAAGAUAACAGAGGGGAACACCAAUGUAUUUAUUGAUAACUGGGUAUCCUAGUAUUGGCAGUGAUUUAACCUUGCUCACAUCAUGAUCUAGUUAAAGGCAUUUAAAGGGACACUUUAGUCACCAGAACAACUACAGCUUAUUGAAUUUGUUCUGGUGAGUAGAAUCAUUACCUUCAGGCUUUUUGCCGUAAAUACUGUAUUUUCAGAGAAACUUCACUGGCUACUCCUCAGAUGGCUGUUAGCGUUCCUUCCUGGGUCAUGGCUGCCUAAAAUGCAUCCAAACAUUCAGUGUCUCCUCCCUCUGCAUGCAGACACUGAACUUUCCUCAAAGAGAUUCAUUGAUACAAUUCAUCUCUGAGGAGAUGCUGAUUUGCCAGGGCUGUGUUUGAAUUGUGCUUGCUCUGCCUCCUUGUCAGUCUCAGCCAAUCCUAUGGGGAAGCAUUGGAUCAGGCUACCACUUUUGAUGAUGUCAGCAGACUGCUUGUUUUUCUGAGGCAAACAGCAUGCAGAUUUACAACUUCAGUCUUGACUACAGUAAGAUUUUGCUAUAUAUAUGGAGGCAUGAGGGGCCCAGGGGGGCUAUAUGGUGGUUUUAACACUAUAGGGUGAGGAAUACAUGUUUGUGUUUCUGACCCUAUAGUGAUAUUUUAAAGAGUUCAUCAGAAAAACUGGGAAUUUAACACUGCUCACACCAAAUAUGCAGGUUGUUCUGUGCCGCCAUACACGCUUUAAAGCACACUUUUAUGUAGGAUGGUGUUAAGGGGUUAAAUAAAUUGUAGUGGUGAUGUAUAUAUUGCUUGUAAAUUACUGUCUAAUUUUUCUGGUUACCUGUAAUCACUCACUGUUACCAAAUUUUUUGUUUGUUUUUUCUUCUAACUUUCUCAAAUUUGUUUCUCAAAUCGAAAAGAAGGUUGAAAAACGUUUAGGGUUUUUGUUUGUUUAGCAGAAACAAAUCUACUUUUUUAUUCCUGAUUUGUCCAAGGAAUCAAUGUAUAAAGUGGAAUUAUGAGGCAAACCUUUGUUGAGCUAAUUUGUAUACAUCUACCAGAAUCCCUUGCAGUAGUGAGAGCACUGUUAAAGUGAGAUUUCUGUGAGAAAAGCAAGUCUUAUGGCUUGACUGGUGUGUGUAUUUGUGUUUAGCAAUGCAUUAACAAUAAAUAAAUAUAUCAAUUAAACACUAGGAGCAAAUAUAUUCGGUUAUAUUUAACUGCUUCAGUUAGCAUUCACAGAGAACACUGAUAAAGCAAAGUAUUUUAGAAAGCAACACCUCCUGCAGUUAGCCUGUUGGAACGUAGCAAAACCAUCCUCUCUGUGUACACUUUGUAGAUAGAACUAUGCUAGUACAGAAACCAGAUUAGUCACUAAAUUGACAAUUGUUAGGAACCUAUUUCAAAUAAGUCCAAAAUAAUCAAAUUGGAAAAAUUCACCCGUCAGAUAUGCUUCCAGUUUAGCUACUUUGGCCUUAAUUUAAGCUAUCUAUGGAGGACUGUCUUUUCAAUUGGUUAGUUUUCAGUUGCGCAUAUAUAUCCACAUAUUUUGUCACAAAAUGUAAUUGUAGUUGUAAGGGUGCCUGAUUCAUUAUGCUGUAAUUAGAUGGACACCGGAUCGAUGAGAGCUGCAGACCGUUAGCAUUUGUGGUGAAGUUCUGUUAUACACUCAGGCUGUGAGUAUGUGGAAGUCAGUGCAUCACAGAACUUUGUCUCGGGGGCUUUAAUGGACCGACUGAAUAAAGGCUUGGAAGAAGAGUAAGCUGUCUCGCCAGUCUCUGUGAAGCCAGGAAAGGGAUAAAAGAAUUCACCAUUCCAACAAUUUGAUGCUUCUCAUGUAGCCUUAUGUUCAAUAAUUGUGUGUAAAUGCGUCACAUGAUACACUAUUAGCCAUAAUACUGAUCUUUUAUUGGUUCAUUCGAAUUCUCCACAUUUCAUCUCACCUCAGAUGUAUCCUCCUCUCCACCAACUUUAUUAACAUUGUGUUGUAAAAGCUACUUUCAGGAGUUGAGACUUACAGUUUGUUUUUCCUGGCAGGAUCCGUCGCUGUAUACAGUGAAAGCUGUUUUGAUCUUGGACAAUGAUGGAGAAAGACUACUUGCCAAGGUAAAAUAUUUUCUUUUCCUUAAUGGGGUUUGGGGUACUUGGGGACUGGUACUGAUCAUUAGGAAGCAAUUAAAUGCAAUUUUAGUUUGUGUUUGGAAUAAUGCAAUAAAGAUAAUGGUACUAGCUGUAUUACGUUUGCAAUAAGACAAGCACUUAAGAGGUGUGUUUUUUUUUUUUGUUUUGUUUUGUUUUGUUUUCCCAAAACUAAAAUUUUUCCUUAAAAACAAAAAAGUGAAAUUUUAAAACCAGAAAUGUAGACCCGUUCAAGACUGAUGGAUACUGUAAUUAAAAGUAUUUUAAUACAACAACCCACAUUUUACAAUUGGUUAGCAUAGUACCACAGAAAGGAUUUUAUUUCUGAUCUCCUUCAUCACAGGCAGCUUCUAAUCGCUCAAAAUCUAAAUUCUUAAUAGGUUAGUUGCACCCUAACUACUUCUCCUUAGAAUAUAAAAUACUGCUGAGGUACUAAUUAGCAUUUACUCCCAUUAUUGUUUUAUGUUAUCUGCAGGGGAGCAGACUAGGGUAAACUGCAUGCGUUGGUAAGUGCAUGCUGUGAAGCCUUCUCUGCCAGGGGGAGUGGAGCCUGCCAGCACAUUUUAUGGUGGAAUGUAGUCCCAAGUAUUGCGCAUUUGGAUCGUGGAUGCUGUGCACCAAAUUCAAACCUCUCUUCUUAAAAUAGAUUUAAAAGCCUUUGAUAUCAUUCAGUUUAAAGUGACACAAUAAACACCCAGAUCACUUCAUCUUGUUGAAGUGGUCUGGGUGCCAUGUUCCUGUCCCCUUAACCAUGCAAUGUAAAACAUUAUGUGUGUUUUGAUAUAUCAUGUUUCUACAACUAUUCCAGAAUUCCCAUCUUCACAUGCAAAUGAGCCCAGACAGGCAUUGUGUUUUAGAAUCACCAUGCAUUUUUGCACGUACAGGGGUUUUAAAGGGUGUGUUUUUUUUGGAGAGUGAGGGGAUUUAUUUAUUUAUCACCAAAGCAUGGGUUGUGAUCCAAAAGGACAAGUGAUCAGAAACCACCACUGUACAGUUUCAGCUUUUUUUAAUUUAUUUUUAUUCUUUAUUUUUGUGGUUUGGCUUGAAAAGCACAUUACAUCACAUGCAUAAAGUGAGCGUAUAGCUUCAUAUAUAAGUAUUACAACAUUCACAUUUAACACAGGUGCAAAGAGAUCCCUAUUAUUUUUGUUUUGUGUAUAGUAACUGCGAAACUCUGCGUGCCUAAGCAGUAGAAAAUAGAGCAUUGGACUAGGGCUGCUAGUGAUAAGCAUUAUGUGCCUGCAAGCUUGAUAAAGUAGUGGUGUAACUAAAGGUUUGACAUAUGGCACAGUUGUGUAUUUUGCAGUGGCACAGCUUCCUCGUAGCUUAAAGCUUUAGUCAACUCCAGCCUGGAAAGAGGAAUGCCUGGGUUCUAAAUUGAAUGUGCAGUUAAGCUCCACUAGUAACAUGGUUGGCAUAAGGGCAACAUUGCACGUUUGGAGGUAAUGUGUGUGGGGGAGGGGGGUGGUAUGAGCUAUUCCAAGGUUCAUGCUAAUCGCUUACGGAGCCAGAGUGUGGAGGAAGGAAGUAUGUAAAACAAGUUAAAGAUUAAAGAACCAAACUAAUAAAAAUUUGAGACACAUAUAUCAGCCCCUGUGGGUAUCAGGUAGGAUAAUGGGUCGUCUCCAGAGCAGCUCCACAUGCACAAAGAGGGUAAUUCCUGCUACAGUCCAAGAUGGACAUGCUUCCUUCUGGGCCGCCUCUGCUGGUAGGCCUAGAGAUUGGAUGAAGGCGGGUACCUUCGAGAGAUGUUUUGCCAGCCUUGUCCACUGUCCAUCAGUGGACAAGGGUACCGUGGGAGAGCCUCUAGAUGCGCCCAGGUGGGCCACUCUGUCAGAGUCCUGCAGAAACUUAAGGAGGAUGUCAGUAGAUGCGUCUUGUGGUGCGUUGACCACCUUUGGGAGACAGAAGAAGGCAUCCACCACCACCGGUUUAGCCUGUUUCGGCGGUAAAAGGGUGGCAAUUAGCCUCUGGCAGUAGUGGGGGCAGUUCAGCGUUAGAGAUGAAUUCCAGGACUCUGCGUAUCCUCACAUUUCGCGCCUAAGCGCUGUCUUCCAUGCUGGCUAGAUGCGCCAGGUCGAUGCAUCUCUUCUGUAGCGAAUUCAGGGCAGCAUCCGUAGCAACUUGUGUCAGUUUAGUGCUUCUCAUGUCUCCUUCCACUGCCUCAACCCGACUGGUGAGCAUGAUAACCUCCUCCCUCACAAGUGCCAUAUCUGCCUGGAACAUAGCUUUGAUAUCUUGUCUCAGUGCCUGUAUAUCUGCUUUAGUUGAAGGAGCAGAGUCACCUUCCCCAGUUUCAGCCUUUUGUGUCUUGUUAGCAUGGAUCCAAUUCUGGUCUGGAAGUUGAAGUGGGAGUUGCCACUCUUAUCAAAAUACUGUUUUUGGUCUUGGUUUUGGUUAAACAUUGGUCAUGCAUUUUUUUUUAAUCAUAACUUAAAUAUUGUUGGGGGACGGUGGGAGACAUAUCUGCAGUAUUUAAAAUGGAAAAAUCUAUAUAUCCCUGGAUAACUUCAUUUCAACGUGCUAAUGAAACUUGAAUUUUCUCCACAGUACUAUGAUGAGACAUAUCCAACCGUGAAAGAGCAGAAGGCGUUUGAGAAGAAUAUAUUUAAUAAAACCCAUCGGACGGACAGUAAGUACUGGAUUCCAUAUGUUACAAUAAAAGUUACUCGUUUAUCUGUGGCUUUAACUUUCCUCAUACAUAUAGGUAUAAAGUGGAAGAACCAAAAAGUGUUGAGUAAUAAGGAGAUAUAACGAGGUUGUAAUCUUACAUGGAAUACAGAAGUAUACAUUGUUAUAGAUCUAUGUAAUUCUAUUUAGAUGUUAUUAUGUUUACUGGUUAAAGUGUGAUUAAUCGGUGACUUUGUGUCGCAGAGCUUGUGAUCCCAAAAAUGGGGGCUUUGCUGCAAGUGAUAGACUUGUGCAAUGUAUGGUCAUAUUUUAUAACCAAAUCCUUAUAAUUUUAAACUAUAGCUGAUUUAAGUACUUCAGAGUUUUUACGGAGCAUCCCCUCUUCCACACUUUAUAAAAAUAAAAAAAAAUAUUUCAAAUUUUAAUAAAAACUGUCUCUCCUAUAAAGGUGCUAAGUUGCAUCCUCCCAGCUUUCAGAAAACUUAAAGCAUACGUCAAUGCUUCUGGUAGAGAAGGAUUGGAUCCAUUGCUUCUCUACAACAAGCAUUGACUGCAUCCUGUGUCACAUUGAUUAUCAGUGAGAAGCACUGAAUUUGCUAGUAGAUCAGUACUGAAUAUCUCCCUGGAAAAAAACCGGCAGUGAGGGAUCUCCUCAAUGCUGUUUUACACACAGGCUAGGUAUUUAACAGGAAGCAAGGAGGCCAAGAGGGGCUAGGGGUUUCAAUAAUACACAAGUGUAAAUAUUGUUUUUAUUUACAACACUGGAGUCUUCCUGUAACCUCUUUGUGAUAGGCACUAGUCUGGCAAGGCAUAGUGCCACGGAGACUGGAGGCCUAUUGACACAGAGAAUUGUUUGUGGAAUGUGAGAGAUGAUUAUGUAUAUCCAGUAAUAGUUUUGCAGAUCUUGCUAUCUGUAAGCGUUCGCUAGAUUUAAAUCCUAUCCAACUUUAAUCCUGAGUUUGAUGUUUGUAUGUCACUUUAACAAACAACUUCUCCAGGAAGCCAAAAACGAGGUAUGCCAGAAUGAUCUACAAUGUGAUUCCUGUUUGUAACCUAAAAAUAUGGUACUGGUAUACAUGUGUGGAAAUGCUCUACACUGGCGAAUACAGCAGAACACAAUUCUAUGGGUUUUUUGUUUUUUUUUAAGUAGUUAUACUCACAAGGCCUUUGAAAUUCACCAUUGAAAUUCAAUAUGUAUGUGAAAUUUUAACAAAAAAAAAAUUACCACUAAAUUGCAGAGUUAAAAGGCUUUUAAAAUACUCCAUAUUAUAUUGUUCAGGUUGUCUUCUUUUGCUAAUGGUAUUCCAUGAUUGGGGUAUAGUGCAGUAAAGGACUUCCAUUUUGUUCAGUGAAAACUGAAAGUCGGAAAAAUUUAAAUAAUGUCCUAUGACAAAAAAGCAUGUCCUAAAUUAUAUAAUAAGCACAUUUGUCAGAUAUUGUGAGAAUACAAACACAUACAUUUGUAUCAGUAUACCAAGUUUUUACUUAAAAAACAUAUUUCACUCCUUGCAAUAUUUGUAUGAUAACUACCCAAUAUGAAUUCUUGACAUUUUAGGUAUUUUUACAAUCAGGAAUAAGUGAAUCUGUUUUGAGCUUUGGUUGUGUUUUUUUUGUUUUUUGCGUGUGUUUUGUACUUUUAUUAUUACUAUUAUAAGCAGAAGAAACCUAAAACAAAAGUGCAAAAAAGGCUAAGGGGUUAAACAAAGAUGCACAAUUAAAUGUAUUUGUUUAUUUUUAACCCCUUAAGGACACUUGACAUGUCAUGAUUCCCUUUCAUUCCAGAAGUUUGGUUCUUAAGGGGUUAAAUAUUCAUUAUUUAAAUAUUGUAAAUGUACACUUUUGUUCUAAUUUCCUGGUUUUCUCCCACACAGGUGAGAUUGCUCUACUUGAGGGACUAACGGUGGUCUAUAAGAGUUCCAUUGAUCUAUACUUCUAUGUCAUUGGAAGCUCGCAUGAGAAUGAGGUAUCUAUCAUCGUUUUGCUUAAAUAGUUAGACAUCAGCUAUUUCCUUCCGAGCACACCUAUAACAUGUAACUCACUAAUGAAUACAAAUUUAUUUCCUGGAAUCAUCCUGUUUGUCAAAACAUUAAAACAAUUGUAGUCCAGUUCUGCCUAAGAAUAUAUUUUGCUAAAUGCAUGCAAUUUACAGUCCUUGUUUGUUCAACAUCCUCAUAGCUAAAAUGAUUUCUAAUAAUCGGAUUCUAAUGUGCUUAAAGGACCACUAUAGGCAACCAGACCACUUCAGCAUAAUGAGGUGGUCUGGUUGCCUGGUCCAGCUAGGUUUAACCCUUUUUUCUAUAAACAUAGCAGUUUCAGAGAAACUGCUAUGUUUAUAAAUGGGUUAUUCCAGCCUCUAGUGGCUGUCUCAUUGACAGCCGCUAGAGGGCUUCCGCGCUUCUCACUGAGAUUUUCACAGUGAGAAGACGCCAGGGUCCAUAGGCAGAGCCCGGCGGGAGGGGGACCCUGAGGGUGGGAGCACCCUCAGGGCACUAUAGUGCCAGGAAAACAAGUAUGUUUUCUUGGCACUAUAGUAGUCCUUUAAUCACUUGCCUUGUGGUUUUUGUGUUGGUUUUUUUUUUUUUCUUUCUCAAACUCCUUUAAGAAAGGGCAAUAUGUUCCUUUUGCUGUUUAAAUUCCUGAAGACUAAUCAAUGAGGGAAAAGGGAGUUACUGAUUUUGUUUUGGACAUUUGUCUGAUUGGGUUAGGGCAACAGUUGGUUUGAAUUUUGGAUUUAAACUGUUUAUAUGCAGGCUUAGGGUAAUUGAUGUAAAUGGAACUCCUACUUCUGUAAUUGGUGUUAGUCACUUGCUAGUAGAUUCAGCGGGCUCCACUUCCUAAUAGACAACCUGGAUGUCGUUCUGUGACUCGUAUUUUUUUCACCUCAAUGGGGAAUUCUGUGUGUUAUUGGCUGCUUCUACACCAGCAUAUUUCAAAUCUUCAACAGUUAACAUAAGAUAAAUAUUGCAAAAAUGUUACUAUGGAAAAUGUAGUAUUCCAGAAACUUGUAAACUGUAAGAAAAAGAAGGCACUCCUUAUUAUGUUGAGAAAAAAAAAAAUCUCAAUUAAUUACAGAAAUGUUUAAUGUAUCUCCCCCCUUUUGGUCAUAGUUAUUUACUAUUAUUUAUGGCAACUCUGCCACAUACAUGGUGGGAUUUAAUACUAGUCUAUUACCAGCAUGACUCCUACAGCUGUUUAGGCAGUUCGUUUAACAUUUAUAUUACUGGCUAUUUAGACUGCAGGCUCUUUUCCUGCAAUGUUGCAAACGUAUUUUGGUAGAUCUUUGCACAUAUAGUUUUUAUGCACUUGAUAUACUCUUUGUUCUAAUUAUAAAGUCUAUUUACCUUUGCAUUUAGAGAUCUUCAGUUUGCUACAUUUAAUGUAUCUCCCCCCUUUUGGUCAUAUUUAUUUGCUACUAUUUAUGGCAAUUCUGCCACACACCUACUUAUAGCAUUUCUUCUGACCAUAUUACUAUUAUUUUUGGACUAGUCGAUUCUAUCCAAUUAGAUCCUAAUUUUAUUACUUGUUUGUUUAGUAUCUGUGUGUUUCUCCCCCAAGAGGGAUUAAUAAAGAGUUUUUCGUUUUUUGCUCUCUGCGCUCCACAUAUUUAUAAUUGCAGAGUAGCUUUUUUCACAUAAGGAUACAAGGUCUUUUUGGGAGGCAGAUUGUUUAUAAUCUGCAACCCAUUAGUCCUAUUUUCUAAUUACAGAAAUGUAGACCACUUAAGGACACAUGACAUGUGUGACAUGUCAUGAUUCCCUUUUAUUCCAGAAGUUUGGUCCUUAAGGAGUUAAAGGGUAACUUUCGAUUUGUUUACUUAUCCCUGUAUUUAAUAAAUAUGUAAGGUUUGGAAAAAAAAAUUCAAAUCUAAAAAUCCACACCUCUUUAUGUUGCAAAUGGGCACCUCCAUGUUCGUUACCUUCUUUGCACCUGACAGUCAACAUAGAGAAAUCAUACAGAGAAAAUUAUAAAUGUAAACAGUGUUUCUAUUUCUCCUUUACAACAUUUUCCCUGGAUUAUGCUGUAAUUUGGUAAAUUAUGUAAUAUUAAAAUAAAACGGAGCAUCUCAUGCGCUCUAGUUGAUCUAUUUUUUUUUUUUUUAUGAUUAUUUUUAUUUUUUUUAAUGGUGUAAAUGUCCUGGAAAGUAUCAGGAAUAGCUUUAUUUUUUUUAUUUUUUUUUCAGUAAUUGCAGUUCCAGAGACUGUUAAAUGGUUUUUACUUAAAUGUAUCUCUCUUGCUUUAUUCACAUUUUAAAGACCAACUGAAAUAAGUUAGAUCAACAAUAAGGCAUUUUUAGUGCUACAAGUCUACUUUAUAAGCUCUAGUAUUCAUUACCCAGUCAGGAUGUAAUGUAAUUUGAAAUGCUACCUCACUGUUCACUACUUCCAAUUAUGCUGAUCAAUUGCCAAUUGCUUACCUGCCUUGUUUUAUUUAAGACUACAUCUAUUGGUGCUUGUAAUUUUUCAUUGAAUAACUUAAUCUGUUCAUCUUUUUGUCUCUGUAUAGCUCAUGUUGAUGGCAGUUCUCAAUUGUCUUUUUGACUCACUAAGUCAAAUGCUCCGGUACGUCUUUGAUCGCAUUUUAUGAAAUAAACCCCAUCCCAUCCCCAGCGCGGUGAUUUGUGGGUUUCUGAUAGAGAUAUAUUUAUUGAAAAGGCAAAAUAUGUUGCUGUGUGAUCAUUUAAUUAUGUACAUAAUAUCCUGUGGUGUAUUCCUGUUAGAGUAACUAAGUUAUUUAAAAGAGUGUUGACUUUUCUGGAGUGGAAUCUUGGGCAUAGUACAGUAAUGCUUCUAUAAUUCAAUCUACUAACUUGCACAUUAUGACUUGGUUUAAUUGACCGUUUUCUCACUUUAUAGAAAAAAUGUGGAAAAGCGAACUCUGCUUGAAAACAUGGAAGGACUGUUCCUGGCAGUUGAUGAGAUAAUAGAUGGCGGGUAAAUAAAUGAAACGUAAACAUUGCCAAUAGGGGACUUUUUGGUUUCUUUAAAACCUAAAAACUGAGGUGUAAGAGUAUAUUUUUUCAAUUUUAUUUAAUGUCAGGGCUUAGGGCAGUUGUAGUUUUCAUUCUUUACAAAAAUAUUGUAAACGUGUCCAUUGAUUUUCUUGAAGAAAAAUGAGUGGGGGAAUAAAGAGCAUUUUAUUCUUCAUGUUUGUACAGUGGGAUGACAAAAUGCUACACAUGGAGUUGAUGCACAAUUUUUUAUUUAUUUUUUUUGUUUGUUUGUUUAUUUAAAAAAAAAAAAGUCAUACAGAUUAACCCCAAAGUCUGUGUUCCAGCAUUGAAUGUCCCUGCUUCACUGUCCUUCAGUUUUCUCAAAUCCAGAAAACCAGAAGGCUUUUGCAGAGUCGAGAAGCGGCGGCACUAAUUGGCUAAGAGCCAGUCAGCUUGUCAAAAUCACCUUGGAUGAUUGAUAUUCAAACACAAUCAUACCCCACUCCUCCAAAGCAGUAAAAUAGUUGCAGUGAGUUCAGUUUUGCUAGUUCUAUCUUGGACAGGCAGGAUAAAUACAGUUAACAUUUAGGCUGCUCCCAUGCAUUUUAUAUGUGUGUUGCUUAUUUCCCAUAUCCCUGCCCAUAUCUUUCUAUAAAUGAUUACAACAAUUACUUACUAAUUUCAUAUGGGACUACCUGUAAGCUAGACUCUUACUUCCCUACUGCAGAAACCCUUUUCUGGAGGAUCUAUGGGAGUACCGAAUAUUCUCUAGUAUUACAGAGCAUCAGUUUUACAAUCCGUGCUGACACUCUAUGCCCCUAAAGGUACACUCUAAUGAGUAGACAUGGGAAUGGUUAAAUUGCAUUGCAUCCUCUGAUAAUUACCAUAUGGACCCCAACACCUUAGACACUUUUUAAACCUUUAAUAUUUCCUACUACGGAACGAACGAUUAGAGUCUGGGAACAGAUAUUUGGCUUGAUAAGGGUAAGGAAGCACUUUCUACCGAAUUCUAUUAUUUUAGCUUUAGCAAACACCUGUGGUUGUCCAUAAAGAAAUGGGUAGGAAUGGGGAUAGCCAAUGUAUCACAGUUACGGUGAGUAUAACCGUUCCCUUCCUUGCAAGAGACCUAUACGCUGCCACCAAGUUACAUAUUCACUUACAUGCAAUUUAAGUGUCCUGAACUCACAGGUCAUCACAUGCCCUAACCCUUCCUUUCAGCUAAGACCAAGGUUUCAGUUAGUGCUGGAUAGAUGCUGGCACUCUCCACUAAAGCCAAAAGCUAUGUCCGCAUUCUACAGAGCAUUAGAAGAAGCCUUACCAACAUUCGCACAGGCUUUUCAAACACGUCAUGGAACUUUUUCAAAGUAGUAUUGGAAAAGGUCACUUAACACCCUGAAAGAGGUAACCUGAUGCUAUCGUCAUGUCAAAGCACACAAUGAAUUAGUAUAUCAGUGGUAUAUGACCCCCACCCGCUUACGUAGGAUUUACUACCUCAUCUGCUUGCUGGGGUUGUGGUGAGCAUGAGGGUAAAAUGGUACAUAUUUGGUGGAAAUGCCACAAAUUACAAACGUUCUGGAAGGAGGUGGCUAGCUUACCCUGACUAUUUAUUAUUAAUGUUCGAGAAAUCCACAAUCUUCCUUGAUAGAGCUUUGGCAGCAUGUCGCCUCAUAGCUUUACAUUGGAAAAAACACGUGCCAUCUUUUCCAAAACUGCUAGAGGGAAUAAACCUUAGCUAAACAUACCAGCAGUUGUGUCUGUCUAGACUCUAGACAACAUCUCUCAAAGGGAGAAAUUUUAAUGGAUAUGGUGGCCGUGGAGGGAAUAUACACUGGUGAAAGGACAGUCCUUGAAAUAGAGUAACGUAUAAGGCAAGCUGAUUAGAAAAUACUACAUGAGAUGCCAACUAAGUAAUACACCUGAUCAGGUCUUCUAACAUAAAUACUACAUACACCAUCAAUUCAGUCUGUUUCUGUUUGUAUUCUGUUUGUUUUGUAUGCCUUGCUAUUGGUUCUUUUCCUUUGUACACUGAUGUUGUGUAUUCUGUAACAAUGCCACCAUUCUUUGACUACCCUGUACAUUGUCCUCUGUAUGCCAUAUUUGGAAAAUUAAUAAAACACCGAUAUCAAACAUCGGAAAACCUAAAGGCAUCAGCACGGCUGAUUGGCUGAGAGUGGUCAGCUGACGCUCUCAGCGCCAUUCAGUGACUCCACGUUCAUAAAACUGGUUAGAAAAUAAGCAUACCUUUUUUCAAGCCAGUUUUGUGAACAGGGAGCUACUGACGGCUCUCAACCAAACAGCAGCGUUGCUGCCUGAUUCUGCAAGACCCUUCCAGUUUACUGACUUUGAGAAAACGUAAGGACAAAGAGGCUUGGAGAUUAGGCGCUGGAACACACACAUUGGUGUUAAACCAUUCGAGAACAGUUUAACCCAUUAAGGUGAGCCAUGGACAUCCUGGCACCAUAAAAUCUUAAUUUUGAUUGUUUUUAUUGUGCCCAGAGUGCACUUUUUUUUCUUCUUUCAGUGCUUAUAGUAAAUUACAAAUGAUCCUGCAAUGCCACAACAGUCAAUGCAGGCACAAUAACAUUAAAGGACCACUCUAGGCACCCAGACCACUUCAGCUUAAUGAAGUGGUCUGGGUGCCAGGUCCCUCUAGGGUUAACCCUUUUUUUUUUUUUUUUAAAACAUAGCAGUUUCAGAGAAACUGCUAUGUUUAUAAAUGGGUUAAUCCAGCCUCUAAAGCCUCUAGUGGCUGUCUCAUUGACAGCCGCUAGAGGCGUUUGCGUGCUUCUCACUGUGACAAUCACAGUGAGAAGACGCCAUCGUCCAUAGGAAAGCAUUUACAAUGCUUUCCUAUGAGACCGGCUCCUGCCGCGCAUGCACAUUCAGCCGAAGAGGAGGAUCCCUUUCCUCUCCCCAGAGCCCGGCGGGGGGGGGACCGUGAGGGUGGGUGCACCCUCAGGGCACUAUAGUGCCAGGAAAACGAGUGUUUUCCUGGCACUAUAGUGGUCCUUUAACAGUAGAAUAGAUGUGUGGCGUUGUGAGAAUAUAGCACUAAUUUUAUGUUUUGGUAUAUAUUUAGGCUAAUAUGUCAAAUGUAGGGUCAUCUAAGUGACAUUAUUAGCAAGAUUCCUAUACAUAAACUUUGCUGGCAUAUAAAAUAAUAUGAGGACAUUCUUGACUACAUGGUGUAGCUAUGGUAAGGUAGACUUAUUAGAGAUUAGUACAUCUUACGGCACAAGUGUAGGAUUUCUGGUUACUGCUAGGUUAUCAGGCCAGAGUGUAACUUUUUAAGAUGCAGAUCAGCAGUUUGAUGUGGGUUUUAUUCCGCCCUCUCUCCAUUAGAAAUAUGAUGGGGUAGCCUUUCCUCCUCACCAAUAUAUUGUGCAGUUGAAGAUGCAUCCAGGUUUAACAGAUUUGCAGGUUUAGUUCUCCUGCAGAAAUUAACAAGACAACAUCCCCAGUUCAUAGGCUUGCCAAAUUCCUGGCCGCUGACCUGUAGGGGCCAGAAAAGUUUACAAAGGGUCAACCUAGACACCAUAACUACUGCGGCACCGUUGUGUUUUUGGGGCUAGGAGUGCACUUGCACCAUCUCACCUUUUUAAGUUAGUGUAACACUCAAAGGCAUGCAAUAGGGACCAAAAUAGCAAUAAUAAUUAUGACAUACAUUAUCAACCCCCUAUCUUCACAAUGUACUAACACAUUCAACUUUCCCAACUCAUUAUCCUCUCUGGUUUCUUAAAUCCUUUCUCUGCUACCUUCAUUAACCCUCUCACAUGACAGAAAAUGGUGUUCAUGUUUGGGGUGAACCCCACCCAUUUUAUCUUUUUGUUUUUUAAUCAGAUGCAACCAUAGGUCUACCUACAACAGACGAGGACAGUCCACGUGUUAAUAUUGUCCAUAUAUAUUUUAUAUCCUUUUUUUUUAUUUAUUUUUUUUAUUCUUUCUUUCUUUAUUUGUUGUAGAGGGGCCGGUACUCUUAAUUUGUCAUAUUAUACAACUAAAACUGUUCUUUUUCACCCAUUCAUUUGUUUUUGGUUUUUAAAUGCAACAAUAUCAGAGUAGUGUGCAAACUGUAAAUUAGGCAAAUGUUCUGUUCCUUGGUCAACUGUUUGAAAUCCCUUUUUACACUGAAAUAUGAAAGGUGCGUGUGUCAGAGAGUGUAGUGUAAAGAUUGUCUUCUAUUCUCUCUGAUUAACCAUUUGAAUAUGGCAGUUCAGUGGUUAAAAGUCUAGUAUAAACAUCACAGCACUUCAGAUUCCCAAAUGAAGCCUCAUGUGAUUGUAAAUAGACGUGUUAAUCUGGAACUUGUACAUUUUCCGUCUGUGCUUGUUUUUGCUUGAAUUGUGAUAGCACAGCAGUUACUACCAUAGAAAGCCAGGGAAUGAAACUGCUUCUAACAAUGUCAUUACGAUGUAAGUGCUGCUAUGUAUGCAUGUAAUGACAUCAUUAGGAGUGAUUCCAUCAUAGGGCUUCUGCAGAUUGCACAGUCGAGAUAGGGCUAUAAAGGGAAACUAGAAUGGUUUUCUGUAACUCUCUCUGUACCAGUUUUAGCAUUCUUUGUUCUCUAAUUGCAGUGUUAUUUUGGAAAGCGAUCCUCAGCAAGUAGUUCACCGGGUCGCCCUGAGGGUACGUAGCAAAUGUUUUGUUCUUGAUCUUCAUUAGUAUGUUCUUAUUGAUUUUUUUCCAUGUAUUUCGAUUGAUUCUCGCUAGAUGACUCCAGCCAUUUUAAAGGACGUCAUGUACUGUGAGGAGAUGGUGUUGCCACUCGUUGCCCGAAAAGAAUUUAGUCACUGACUGCUUGUAACACAUUAUUGUCCAGUUACCUUUCCUAGAGAACUUAACGGCAAUAAAUAUAAAUCUUAUUCAAUUUUAAUUGCUGGUGUGAAAAAUAAUCAAUUUCUCACGUAGGGGUCUUGAUUGCACGAUGGACUCUGCAGCCAAUUAACAAACGUACACUGGUAAUUCACUGACUAACAAAUUAUUUAUUUAUAAAGCAACAUGUACACUGUUCACAAGAGACACUAUAUAGCCGUUUGACCCCUGAGAUCUAUGGUGGAUAAUAGCAUACGUAAUGGAAGGGGAAAUUGAGUAAUUCCACAUUAAAGUGUGACGGUCACAUCUCCAGUGGCUGAAAUUGAAAGAGAAACGGAAAGGCCAGAUGUCUGCCCUAAUACCAGUGCUUGUGAUUCCUAGACCAUCUUGCUGGGCACUUUGUUUGAAAUCACUUCAUGUGAUCUAUUAUAAGCACUCCGAUAGCCAUCUAUAUUUUGCAGUGCUAUGUUUUUUAUUAUUGAAAAAAAAUAAAUAUGCAGUUGCUUACUGUGGUGUAUUCCCUUAUCUUUAUAGGGUACCCUUGUAAAGAGUUUUAUGCAAGAAAUGUAAAACGCGUUAAGAGUUUCAGCCACUUGUGUUGGGGUCUGUGCUAGUCUGACACUUCUUUGUAUAUAAACCACUUUUUUCCAACGGACUCCCCAGCAUUGAAGUGGUUAAGCUCCUUACCACCAUAUGGUGUUUUUUCUAACAUAUGUCCCCUGGGUCUUCCUCCCAGUUUCCUAUGAAUGCCUGCUGAGCAGGCAGAUUGAUGUCCCCCAUUAACAUGCUGUUACAGUGCUAGCUGCAUGCUCCCAGGGAUUUGUGCCCAGCCUCUAACAGAACCACCUGCAGAGAGAUGAGAAGUUGGAACACAGUAGCGGUAUCAGUGAUGCUGCCUGGGUUUCGUUGGUAGCGGAAGGGAAGAAUUAACUGCUUUCUCUUUAUGUUAAAGCAGGUGGUAGCAAAAAAUGGUAGACGUCUCUGGUGUAGACCAAGAGGAUAAAUAAGGAGAGUAGUGUAAAGAUUAAGGUUUCGUGACAUUAACAUAUGCUUCUCUUUUCCAGGGAGAUGAUGUUCCUCUCACAGAACAAACAGUUUCUCAAGUAAGUUACAAGAUCUACCUAGCAGUUCGUUGGCAACUAUUUAUGGUGCCUCUUUCAAAAUGAACGUUUUUAUUUACUGAAGUCAGAGUAAGUUUCAUGUUUACGGUCAAAAUAACCAAACUGGAAAAAUUCUUAGUCAGACAUGCUGUUAGUUCACUCUGGCCUUGAAUUUGAAAUUCACUUUAAAUUCUGACUUUAGUGAAUAACCCUGUUAAUGUAAUGUUACACCCUGUCAGAGGUGUUUAGGAAUGACAUAUAGGGCAUAUUGUGUGUGUGCUUAAUAUUAUAGUGUCUUUUAUUGCAUCAUUGUGUGUUCCUCGUUAUAAGGCAACUUUUUUUUUUUUUUUCUCUCCCCUUUCAGGUUCUUCAGUCGGCAAAAGAGCAAAUAAAGUGGUCACUUCUGCGAUAGGUGGAUAAUUUUAAGUACGGCACAUAUUCAUUCCGUCUUGAGAAGACUUUCCACGCUCCUCCCUCUACUUUAACCCCUUAAGGACCAAACUUCUGGAAUAAAAGGGAAUCAUGACCUGUCACACGUCAUGUGUCCUUAAGGGGUUAAUCUGUAUAAUGAGCAUUACCUUUUUAUAGUUCUAGGUCAUUGCACUAAUGUCCUUGUGUCAUUGUUCCUGCUUAUAAGGACAGUAAUUCAAUGCUCUGCAGCUCCCUAGAACAGCAAAUUCCUUUACAACUUUUGACUUUAUUGCCUUUGUUUGUCCUAUCACACGUAUAGCUUCCUUAUCUUUAGAGAAUGCUAGCAAGUGAGAACAUAGCACCACGUUGUUGUAGUACUAGAACAUCACAAAGGGUCAUUACAAAUUCAACCAUUGUCCUUACAAUUAAAGCCACAGAGCUAGUAUUUCAUUUUUCAUGUUGCCUAUUAUUGGCAGUAAAUGCCCAUACCACAGAGUAGUAGAUUUCUCCAGGGGGUUUGGAUCAUGUACAGUUACCUUUUUUCUUUAUAACAUUAUCUUCAGGAAUAAUAAUAAAGAACCUCCAUAUCCUUUCACGCUCUACCAGAGACCACAGCCUUGGGCAAUAUGAUAUUACAUUAAAUGCAAUGUGAGUUGACAAAGUGGACCAAUUGUGUGUGUAUAAAGGGCAUGCCUGUGCUACUUCAGGGUUGCCCAAGUCCAUAACCGAAGUAUCUUAAAAACCUAGGCCACUGCUUUCCAAAUGCAGAUGGUGGGUUUCUGACCCCCAGCAUGCCUAAAAAGUCUGCAUUCCUUGUUAUAUAGCAUCAGUGUUCUAGUUGAUGCUGUGGACCUACAAAAUUUUAAAGGCCUGCAUUCUGCAUCAGUAGGACCGCACUGGUCUAGGUAUAAAAAAACAUUCUACAUGAAAGCUGCCUGAUAUGUUUUCAUGCCUGAAUUGCACUCACAUGUGAAACCGAAAGCUGUACAAAAUAUUAAUAAACAUUCAACCAACAUGAAA